AUGUCUUGUCUCGUCGUACACAGUCCUGAGCGAGUGGGACACGAGAACGACAUUGCGGUCACUCGGAGAGAUCGGCUGCUAUACCAUGACGAAGCAUGGACCAAGAUCGUACCUCCUCCGUUCCGUACCCAAGCAACACUUCUGACCCAGGACAUGCGCCAACCCAAGGCUGUCGUUCAGCUGGAGGCUGUGCAAGAUGUGUAUGUUCGCUCCCUUGCCAACCUAGAAACUGUAGCAUCGCCAACACGGAAAGAGGGGUGGAGGUCUUGUCGGCCCUUGUCAAAGGCUUCCUGUCACGAAGACGCCCUUCUGCCAUGGAUCUCCGUCGACAAACCUUCCACAACGGGCGGACACCCCGGUCUCUCCCACGUAAAGUUAGGAGAUGGAGCCGGCGAUUUCUGUCCUGCAGAGCAGAUACCAAUGGAUGCCCACGGCCGCGCGGGGAUUACCUUCCUAGGGACUCCUCACGCCGUGGAAGAUUGA